CCGAUAUUAUUUUAGUGUCAGAGAGGCACAUCCUUUUCCAUCCAUCCCCCAAAUAUAGAUUGUCUUUUUAGCCUGGUGUGACGUACCAUGAGCGCAGCUGGCAGAUGCGUACACCACCUCGCCAUAUGCGACAACAUCAAGAAGACUUUGACAUUUUUGUCGGUAGAUAUUUUAUGAAUCAAUGACACAGUAGCUUUGAGUGGUAUUACGAGCUGGCGAGCCAAUAGUUUUGAAAGAAUUCGGGACGAGGGAUCUACUCACCAGUUUUCUUUUUUACUACGUUAUUAACAUUUGUAAUAGGAAAGUCUUUUUUUUUUGCGUAGCUACUUUCUUAGUAAACUUGCCUAGGUCGCGGGCUCUAGCUUUACGUUAGAAAACGAUUGCACUGUUUCUACUACUUGGGCAGCAUCCGUAGUUCUUUCAACGCGAAACCACACUUGUUUUGGUGGCGUGAGUUUGUCCGCAUCUCGUUUCUUUCCCAUGUGGGAUAGCAGUUAUAGUGGUCGAGACUAGUCGACUGCCAACGCCUUUUUCUGUCUCUGACUGGGCGAAACUAAACGCUUUCUAUUUUCCACCUCAACAAUUUAUGAGAGGUAGCUGCCAUUCAAGCCAGAUAUUGAAGAAGUAACUAGCUAACUAAGAGAUUCAAAAUGGGUUGCACGAUCAGCCAGGAGGAUAAAGCAGCGAUGGAAAGGAGUAAAAUGAUUGAUCGGAACCUACGAGAAGACCGAGACAAAGCGUCCAGGGAAGUGAAACUACUACUACUUGGUGCUGGGGAGUCUGGGAAAAGUACAAUAGUGAAGCAGAUGAAAAUCAUCCAUGAGGCCGGCUACUCCGAGGAGGAGUGUAAACAGUACAGAGUGGUGGUGUACAGCAACACAAUCCAGUCUAUCAUCGCCGUCAUCAGAGCCAUGGGACACCUAAAGAUAGACUUUGGGGACCCCGCACGAGCGGACGAUGCUCGUCAGCUGUUUGUAUUGGCUGGUACAACGGAGGAGGGUGUGAUCUCAUCAGAUCUAACCGGUGUGAUACGGAAACUGUGGUCGGACAGCGGGGUCCAGACCUGCUUCCUGCGUUCCAGAGAGUACCAGCUCAACGACUCCGCAUCCUAUUAUCUGAAUGACCUGGACCGUAUUGCCCAACAGAGUUAUGUCCCCACCCAGCAAGACGUGCUGAGGACCAGAGUCAAGACUACUGGCAUCGUGGAGACACACUUUACCUUCAAGGAGCUCUACUUCAAGAUGUUUGACGUGGGCGGCCAGCGUUCUGAGAGGAAGAAGUGGAUCCACUGCUUUGAGGGCGUGACAUCUAUUAUCUUCUGUGUGGCGCUCAGCGACUAUGACCUGGUGCUGGCAGAGGACGAAGAGAUGAACCGGAUGCAUGAGAGCAUGAAGCUGUUUGACUCCAUCUGCAACAACAAGUGGUUCACAGACACCUCCAUCAUCCUCUUCCUCAACAAGAAGGAUCUGUUUGAGGAGAAGAUUGCCAGGAGUCCACUCACCAUCUGUUACCCUGAGUACGCAGGAGCCAGUACAUAUGAGGAAGCAGCAGCCUACAUCCAGUGUCAGUUUGAGGAUCUGAACAGGAGGAAGGACACUAAAGAGAUCUACACCCACUUCACCUGCGCCACCGACACCAAGAACGUUCAGUUCGUGUUCGACGCCGUCACAGACGUCAUCAUCAAGAUCAACCUCAAGGAGUGUGGACUCUACUGAGGUGGGACCAGGGAUCUUCAGGUGUCUGGUGGACCGUGAGCCUCAUGUAAGGGGGAUGAAGAUAUGAGAUGACUUGGGACAUUUGCAUUAGAUGAUCGUGGAAGUAGAAGAAGAUUAUGGAAAGUAGAACCAGCGAUUGAGACUGUUGGUUGCCAUGCUGAAUACAGCGGAUGAUGAAUACUGCAUUCUGGGAUUGUUUUCGUUUUACCACUUUUAAUUUUUCUCCAUGUUCUCAACCCUCUGAUACACUGAGCUCAGGACAGAACUGAACUGUGGGGAAAACCUUAAACAGUGAAAUAUAGUCACUGUGACUUCUAUGGGAACUGCCAAGUCAGACUACAGAAUAAUUAUGUUUUUAGUUCCAGAUAAUUUACACUGAACAAAAAUAUAUAAACGCAACAUAUAAAGUGUUGGUCCCAUGUUUCAUGAGCUGAAAUUAAAGAUCCCAGACAUUUUCCAUACGCACAAAAAGCUUAUUUCUCUAAAAAUUUGGUGCAGAAUUUUGUUUACAUCCGUGUUAGUGAGCCUUUGCCAAGAUAAUCCAUCCACCUGACAGGUGUGGCAUAUCAAGAUACUGAUUAAACAGCAGUAUCAUUACAUAGGUGCACCUUGUGCUGGGGCAAUAUAAGAUAACUCUUAAAGGUGCAGUUUUGUCACACAACACAAUGUCACAGAUGACCCAAGUUUUAGGGGACCGUGCAAUUGGCAUGCUG